GACGUGGGUGACAGCGGCAGCCAUCAUCUGGACACAGCUGUUGGAUGGAUAGGGGAAGGAAAAAUGAUCCAUUACAAAAAGAAAAAAAAAACAUUCGCAAUCGUCGGUUAGUGCUGCCGAUUUCCAAUUCCAUAAAUCUCAUUUCAUUCUUACCAGACACAGAGAGAUCAGAAGACAAAUCUCAAACCUGGAUCCAUCAAGGUUCAGGAGGGAGUGAUCUGCUAGAUGGAUGUUGCUGUCUCAGACUUGAGUUGUUUCUUCCUUGGAUCCUUCUCCCUCGAUUGAGUUGUUUGUUCGAUGCGUCGAUGUCGAUUUAGCCAGCAGUAGCUACGCUACGUACAUGAUUCUGAUUCUCUCUCUCUUCUUGCUCUAAUGAUCUCGUAGAAGAUAGAUUUGCCUCUUUCAUGGCGUUUGGGUUUGGCAGCCACACGCGUCUCGAUGUCCGGCGGCCGCAGCAGCACUCCUCAUUCUCCACCGCCGUCGCCGUCUUCGUCGCCCUCGCCUUGGUCGCCGUCUGGAUGGUCUCUUCCACGCUCGUCACCCCGGCGGACUUCUCCUCUCCCUUCCAGCCCACAGCCCGCCCAUCGCAAACCCCACCUUCCACCAGUACUCAGGAAGAGGACGCCUAUGAGCCUCCUCCAGCUCCAGUCACACACCACAACACACCGGAUAAUGGCUCCCAGUCCCAGCCACCGGCGGAGGCCACAAGAGGAGAAUCAGACCGGGGGUCAUGGCCAACUCAAGCUGCAGGGUCCAACAAGGACACUCGGCAGCAGCAGCAGCAGCAGACUGCGGCGCCCAGCAGCUAUGGCUGGAAGCUCUGCAAUACUGAGGCCGGACCAGAUUAUAUUCCGUGCCUCGACAAUCUCCAAGCAAUCAGUAAGCUUCGGACGACCAAGCAUUAUGAACACCGAGAAAGACAUUGCCCCCAGCAUCCUCCCACCUGCCUUGUCCCUCUUCCGGAGGGCUACAGAAAUCCAAUCAGGUGGCCCAAGAGCAGAGAUCAGAUAUGGUACAACAAUGUUCCGCAUACUAAGCUGGUAGAAUACAAGGGUCAUCAGAACUGGGUUAAGGUCUCCGGGGAGUACCUGACCUUUCCGGGAGGUGGAACUCAGUUCAAACAUGGUGCAUUGCACUACAUUGAUUUCAUUCAGGAGGCGAAGAAGGACAUAGCAUGGGGAAAACGAACCCGUGUUGUUUUAGAUGUUGGUUGUGGAGUUGCCAGCUUUGGAGGAUAUCUAUUUGAUAGAGAUGUGCUUACUAUGUCAUUUGCACCUAAAGAUGAGCAUGAGGCCCAGGUGCAGUUUGCCCUUGAGAGAGGAAUCCCUGCUAUAUCAGCUGUUAUGGGUACAAAAAGGCUCCCAUUUCCCAGCAGGGUCUUUGAUGUUGUUCAUUGUGCGCGCUGUAGAGUACCAUGGCAUAUUGAAGGUGGUAGGCUCUUGCUUGAACUGGAUAGACUGUUGCGCCCUGGCGGUUACUUUGUGUGGUCUGCCACUCCUGUGUACCAGAAGCUACCUGAAGAUAUUGAGAUAUGGAAAGCAAUGUCGACUCUAACAAGGUCAAUGUGUUGGGAAAUGGUCAAUAAAGUGAAGGAUAGGAUAAAUAGAGUGGGUAUAGCAAUUUUUAGAAAGCCAACGGAUAAUAGCUGCUAUGAGGCAAGAUCUUCAGCAAACCCUCUGAUAUGUGGAGAGUAUGAUGAUCCUGAUGCUGCUUGGAACAUAUCAUUGCAGUCAUGUUUGCAUAGGUUGCCCACUGAUCCUACCAUUCGUGGUUCACAAUGGCCGGAGGAAUGGCCAUUGAGGCUGGAGAAACCACCUUACUGGCUAAAAAACUCUGAAGCUGGAGUAUAUGGGAAGCCUGCCACUGAUGAUUUUCGAGCAGACUACGAGCACUGGAAGCGGGUUAUAAGCAAUUCUUAUAUGAAUGUCUUGGGCAUUGAUUGGUCUGCUGUUAGAAAUGUUAUGGACAUGAAAGCUGUAUAUGGAGGGUUCGCGGCAGCUUUGCGAGAUCUGAAAGUGUGGGUUAUGAAUGUAAUUCCAAUUGAUUCUCCUGACACACUUCCAAUUAUAUAUGAGCGUGGGCUUUUUGGAGUCUACCAUGACUGGUGCGAGUCAUUUAGCACCUACCCCAGAACCUAUGAUUUUCUGCACGCAAACCAUCUUUUCUCCAAGAUUAAAAAGAGUGACAGGUGUAAACUAGUGGCAGUGAUGGUGGAAGUGGAUCGAAUAGUGAGGCCAGAAGGCAUGCUAAUUGUUAGAGAUAGUUUGGAAACCAUACGUGAGGUGGAGUCUAUGGUGAAAUCACUACACUGGGAGGUCCGCGUGUCUUAUUCUCAGGACAAUGAAGGUUUGCUGUUGGUUCAAAAGACGAUGUGGCGGCCAAAUGAAGUUGAAGCUAAGCUAUGACACUGAAACUGUUAGAAGGAAGGGGAAAAACUUGUAGUGAGAAGAAAAAGAAAAAGAAAGAGACUAGCAGUGAGAAGGGGGAUGCAUACUAAACUAUACUGGGUUUUCGUUGGGAUAUCCUUUUUUUUUUGGAGAGGUUGUAUUGUAUUUUUUGGUUGGGGUAGGUGUUGUUACAUGUUGAGGCUGGCAAGACAAACGUUUGUGAUAUGUAGAGCUAGCGCGGCAUAAGCAUAGUAAAAUUGUGAUUGGAUUGACA